GCCGUUUAUACGAUGUACAUCUUGGUGUAGCCUGGUGUACGCCAUCAUAGCUUGUAGUUUUCGGCGGAGCACUGGGCUACUCGAAAACGCAGCAACCUCUAGCUCGUCCCAGCCUUAACGGAGGUCACUUCAACGGGAAUAUCCCCCAGUCCCUGCUGAGCCCAGUGGCUGUGAUAGUGACAGUGUUUGGACCCUGGCGAGACUCCAGUAGGCUGGGACAUCAGUAAACACCAGCAUGCAUCAAGCCUCAUGCCAUCGAUGUCAUAGAAAGAGGCAAUGUACACAGCUUCUCUGCGCAGCCCUCCUCAUCCUCUCCCCUAAUCCUUCACCUAUCGCGAGACCCCACUCGCUGCAUGAUCAUGAAGAAGCCGUUGAUACUGGAGAAGGGCGAAUAUCGUGAGGUCAGCUACGAGGAGUUGAUCAAGAGCUUGGUAGCGAUGGGGUACUCCCGUCCCACCAACUUCUUGUACAUCUCGUACGUUAAUGGCGCUAAAACUUCUGUAACCAUCGACCCCUCGUUAGUUCUCCCGAAGUGGCUGCUCUCCGAUGAUGUAAACAAAGCCUCCGACAAGGAACGCUAUAACCUGAAGCUGGUGCGUAAGGACGGUAGCAUCAACGCGGACGUUGUACUCGUUCCACCGGGCGAGCAAGGUUCAAACGUAAAGGCGCUGGAAUCGAGGCGAGCUAAGCUCCAGAUAGAGGCCAAAUACGGUACAGCGACCAUAAAACUGAACUCGGUACAGGCAUCGCUGGCAGACCCAUACAUCUUGAAUGUAGUCGCUGGCGAUAAUGUGACGCUUUACAUACCCUCAUCGUUCCAUGGUCCGCUACGACUUCGAGCUUCUAAGGGAUACGUUUCCUUACACGGGACACUGCCCGACAAGAGCAUUCCGCUCGGAGACAGCUGGUGGACGAAAGAGAGCAAAUGGUUUGUGGGAGAUAUCAGCGUGCUUGGGGACGCCUGGGAGGGAGACGAGAUCGUAGUCCACGCAACGAAGGGGAACAUCAAUGUUUAUUAUGCGGAGGACUUAGAGUUCGAACUUCAAGAUAAAGGGGAAGUCACUGGUGCUUGUUCCUCAACAUCGACAAUUGCCAUGAGCCAACAACAAGGCGUUCCCAGAAAUGUAUGGCAGCAGCUCUCCCAAGAGUGCGCUCAAGGCGCUAUAUACGAUUCAAACGAACGUCAGCCGCAUUCCAAGUGCCUCCCGGGCACCCGAGUCGAUCUCCUCCGCACGCUCAAGGAAGCCGCUGAAGGAGCUACAGAUGAACGACAGAUCGUGUGGAUCGCAGGCGAGUCUGGGUCCGGAAAGUCGACCAUAGCGCAUACGCUGGCGGACGAACUUCGUGAGGAAGGCAGGCUUGCAGGCACGUUUUUCUUCUCGAGAAAGCAUACGAAGAGAAGCGCAUUCGAGCAUGUCUUCCUCACGCUCUCAUAUCAACUCGGGCUGCAACACCCCAUUGCUCGAGAGGUCAUCGUUAAAGCGAUUUCUGACGACCCUGCGCUCCUUUCCUCCGAGAAAUCGCGUCGCGACCAACUAGAUAGACUGGUAAUAGCCCCUCUCCAAGCCUUAGCACUUCAAUGGAGCGACGCCAGGAUGUCUAUGAUCAUCGACGCACUUGACGAGGGCACUGCAAGUGGCAUUCAUCACGUCAAGCCGUUCGUUGUCCUGCUCGCAGCCCUUAUCAGAAACCCUUCAAUUCCCAUCCAUAGAAUAUUUGUUUCUAGCAGGUCCUGGCCGCAGAUCCGCUCCGUGAUGUGCAACAACCAGUUUGCGGACAUCAUGCGGGUUAUACGACUCGAGGACUAUGACUCGCGCCAGGAUGUCGACCGUUAUCUCAGGCAUGCUUUCGAUGAAAUAUACGAGUCGCAUGAUCUCUCCACCGUCCUUCCCCCAGGGCUAUGGCCGUCUGAAAGCGAGACCUUGAUGCUGUCAGAACGAGCGUAUGGCCGUUUUAUCUUUGCAGCGACUAUAGUUAGAUUCGUCGAUCAAGAUCAGCCUCAGGAUCGUCUCCGGCUCGUUUGCAGCAUGUUGCGCGGGGACGUCGAGCAAGUCUGGGGCAACAUCGAUCACUUGUAUUCUUCUAUUAUCGAAGAUAUUGACCUCCCGGCCCGCGAGCUCGGAAUGAAGUACCUUGCCCUCAUUGUGAAUCUUGCCGAACCACUUUGCCCCUCCGACUUGCGUCUCUUUUUUGGAGUUGAUGUCUAUUCGCACCUCCUCCCGUUCUCAGCCUUUGUUUCCAUCCCCUCCGUGUCGUCCUCAGAUUUAGUUCAGAUCCAUCAUAUCUCAUUCCGUGACUUUUUACAGAAACAUAGCCAAUACAAAGGCGAACAGACCGACAAGCGCCAUAUCCACCAUGUUCUGUCCUCCGCCUGCUUCCGAACGAUGGCUAGACUGCUGAAGCGUGAUAUAUGCAAUCUUCGAGAUCCCUCGCUCCUACACGAAGAAAUAUCUGAUUUUGCGCAGAGACGUGACGCGAUCCCAUUCCCUCUCCGAUAUUCCCUUCGUCAUUGGUUGCACCAUAUGAAAAAUGGUAGCGUUCACGGCGAGGAUCAACAUAACCUUCUUGACUUCCUGGAGAAAAGGUUACUCUUCGCGAUAGAGACAUACGCUGUUUUUGGUGAGCUUGGCACCGCUGUUGAGCUUUGGCGAUCUGCCAGAAAGUUUAUCGUGAACUGGCCCGACGCCUCCUUUCCGCGCAAGAAGGUUGCUUUAGCACUUCUGUACGACAGUUGGCGCUUCACACUUGAUUUCUUUGAUGCAAUCAGCUCUUCUUCUCUUCAUGUAUAUGAAUCGGCGCUUCCGUGCUGUCCAGCAAAAUCUCAGAUUCGCACCACGUACAGUCGGCUCCUCGAAGAAAGCACCAUUCUGAUCGUCGAGCAAGGUUUAGGAAAUCACUGGGACUACAUAACUGGUGUUAUUCAAGUUGGUGCGAAGGUUGAAUAUGCUCUUCAUUAUCGUACACCCCCUGUUUCUCUCUCUCCAGAUGG